GUGGAAGGCUUUGUGCUGAUGGGAGUGAGCAAGAGAGGACUGAUGGCAUGGCUGACGGCAGCUAUGGAUAAGAGGGUGGUGGGCAUAGUGGCGUACGGCUUUGACCUGCUUGACUUUGGGCGCAACUUCCAGCACCUGCACGACUCGCUGGGCGCGUGGCCGGUCAUCCUCAAGUUCUACGCCAUCUUCAACGUCACCUCCCAGCUGCAGUCGCCCCAGUUCCAGCGGCUCACUACGCUUCGUUUCCUCUCACUCAUGUCCACUUCUCUACCUGGCUCAUCACCCCUUGCUGCCCACAUCACCCCUUGCUGCGCACAUCACCCCUUGGUCGGCCAACUGCAGGAGGACACGGACCCAUACUACUACAGGGAGCGCCUCACCAUGCCCAAGCUGCUCGUCAGUGCCGCCAACGAUGAAGUGCUGGCACUAGAUGACACAUGUGGUGCGUGGGGCCACAUUCCCGUUUUCCCUGCUCUGCUCUGCCAUGCCAGGUACAUCUGGUGGAACGACAUGCUGGAGCCAAAGCUGCUCAAGAUAAUGGCCAACUCGGAGCACAUGCAGAUCCACGUCAACCAAUGGGUGAGCACAUGCAGAUCCACGUCAACCAAUGGCUUGAUGGCCAACAUCACACUUCCCCCAACCCCCCCAUGCCCUCUUUCCCAAAACCCUCUCCACCACCCCUCUCCACCACCCCUCUCCACCACCCCUCUCCACCACCCCUCUCCACCACCCCUCUCCACCACCCCUCUCCACCACCCCUCUCCACCACCCCUCUCCACCACCCUCUCCACCACCCCUCUCCACCACCCUCUCCACCACCCCUCUCCACACCCUCUCACCACCCCUCUCCACCACCCCUCUCCACCACCCCUCUCCACCACCCCUCUCCACCACCCCUCUCCACCCCCUCUCCACCACCCCUCUCCACCACCCUCUCCACCACCCCUCUCCACCACCCCUCUCCACCACCCCUCUCCACCACCCCUCUCCACCACCCCCUCUCCACCACCCCUCUCCACCACCCCUCUCCACCACCCCUCUCCACCACCCCUCUCCACCACCCCUCUCCACCACCCCUCUCCACCACCCUCUCCACCACCCCUCUCCACCACCCCUCUCCACACCCUCUCCACACCCCUCUCCACCACCCCUCUCCACCACCCCUCUCCACCACCCCUCUCCACCACCCCUCUCCACCACCCCUCUCCACCACCCCUCUCCACCACCCCUCUCCCCACCACCCCUCUCCACCACCCCUCUCCACCACCCCUCUCCACACCCCUCUCCACCACCCCUCUCCACCACCCCUCUCCACCACCCCUCUCCACCACCCCUCUCCCACCCCCCUCUCCCACCCCUCUCCACCACCCCUCUCCACCACCCCUCUCCACCACCCCCUCUCCACCCCUCUCCACCACCCCUCUCCACCACCCCUCUCCACCACCCCUCUCCACCACCCCUCUCCACCACCCCUCUCCACCACCCCUCUCCACCACCCCUCUCCACCACCCCUCUCCACCACCCCUCUCCACCACCCCUCUCCACCACCCCUCUCCACCACCCCUCUCACCACCCUCUCCACCACCCCUCUCACCACCCUCUCCACCACCCACCCCUCUCCACCACCCCUCUCCACCACCCUCUCCACCACCCCUCUCCACCACCCCUCUCCACCACCCCUCUCCACCACCCCUCUCCACCACCCCUCUCCCCACCCCUCUCCACCACCACCCUCUCCACCACCCCUCUCCACCACCCCUCUCCACCACCCCUCUCCACCACCCCUCUCCACCACCCCUCUCCACCACCCCUCUCCACCACCCCUCUCCACCACCCCUCUCCACCACCCCUCUCCACCACCCCUCUCCACCACCCCUCUCCACCACCCCUCUCCACCACCCCUCUCCACCACCCCUCUCCACCACCCCUCUCCACCACCCCUCUCCACCACCCCUCUCCACCACCCCUCUCCACCACCCCCUCUCCACCACCCCUCUCCACCACCCCUCUCCACCACCCUCUCCACCACCCCUCUCCACCACCCCUCUCCACCACCCCUCUCCACCACCCCUCUCCACCACCCCUCUCCACCACCCCUCUCCACCACCCCUCUCCACCACCCCUCUCCACCACCCCUCUCCACCACCCCUCUCCACCACCCCUCUCCACCACCCCUCUCCACCACCCCUCUCCACCACCCCUCUCCACCACCCCUCUCCACCACCCCUCUCCACCACCCCUCUCCACCACCCCUCUCCACCACCCCUCUCCACCACCCCUCUCCACCACCCCUCUCCACCACCCCUCUCCACCACCCCUCUCCACCACCCCUCUCCACCACCCCUCUCCACCACCCUCUCACCACCCCUCUCCACCACCCCUCUCCACCACCCCUCUCCACCACCCCUCUCCACCACCCCUCUCCACCACCCCUCUCCACCACCCCUCUCCACCACCCCUCUCCACCACCCCUCUCCACCACCCCUCUCCACCACCCCUCUCCACCACCCCUCUCCACCACCCCUCUCCACCACCCCUCUCCACCACCCCUCUCCACCACCCCUCUCCACCACCCCUCUCCACCACCCUCUCCACCACCCCUCUCCACCACCCCUCUCCACCACCCCUCUCCACCACCCCUCUCCACCACCCCUCUCCACCACCCCUCUCCACCACCCCUCUCCACCACCCCUCUCCACCACCCCUCUCCACCACCCCUCUCCACCACCCCUCUCCACCACCCCUCUCCACCACCCCUCUCCACCACCCCUCUCCACCACCCCUCUCCACCACCCCUCUCCACCACCCCUCUCCACCACCCCUCUCCACCACCCCUCUCCACCACCCCUCUCCACCACCCCUCUCCACCACCCCUCUCCACCACCCCUCUCCACCACCCCUCUCCACCACCCCUCUCCACCACCCCUCUCCACCACCCCUCUCCACCACCCCUCUCCACCACCCCUCUCCACCACCCCUCUCCACCACCCCUCUCCACCACCCCUCUCCACCACCCCUCUCCACCACCCCUCUCCACCACCCCUCUCCACCACCCCUCUCCACCACCCCUCUCCACCACCCCUCUCCACCACCCCUCUCCACCACCCCUCUCCACCACCCCUCUCCCCCACCCCUCUCCACCCCCCCUCUCCACCCCCCUCUCCACCACCCUCUCCACCACCCCCUCUCCACCACCCCUCUCCACCCCCCCUCUCCACCACCCCCUCUCCACCACCCCUCUCCACCACCCCCUCUCCACCACCCCUCUCCACCACCCCUCUCCACCACCCCUCUCCACCACCCCUCUCCACCACCCCUCUCCACCACCCCUCUCCACCACCCCUCUCCACCACCCCUCUCCACCACCCCUCUCCACCACCCCUCUCCACCACCCCUCUCCACCACCCCUCUCCACCACCCCUCUCCACCACCCCUCUCCACCACCCCUCUCCACCACCCCUCUCCACCACCCCUCUCCACCACCCCUCUCCACCACCCCUCUCCACCACCCCUCUCCACCACCCCUCUCCACCACCCCUCUCCACCACCCUCUCCACCACCCCUCUCCACCACCCCUCUCCACCACCCCUCUCCACCACCCCUCUCCACCACCCCUCUCCACCACCCCAUCUCCACCACCCCUCUCCACCACCCCUCUCCACCACCCCACUCCACCCCCCCUCUCCACCCCCCCUCUCCACCACCCCACUCCACCCCCCCUCUCCACCCCCCCUCUCCACCCCCCUCUCCACCCCCCCUCUCCACCCCCCCUCUCCACCCCCCUCUCCACCCCCCCCUCUCCACCCCUUCUCUCCACCCCCCCCUCUCCACCCCCCCUCUCCACCCCCCCUCUCCACCCCCCCUCUCCACCCCCCCUCUCCACCCCCCCUUCUCCACCCCCCCUCUCCACGCCCCCUCUCCACUCCCCCUCUCCACCCCCCCUCUCCACCCCCCCUCUCCACCACCCCUCUCCACCCCCCCCUCUCCACCCCCCCCACUCCACCCCCCCUCUCCACCCCCCCCUCUCCACCCCCCCCUCUCCACCCCCCCUCUCCACCCCCCCUCUCCACCCCUUCUCUCCACCCCCCCCUCUCCACCCCCCCUCUCCACCACCCCACUCCACCCCCCCUCUCCACCCCCCCUCUCCACCACCCCACUCCACCCCCCCUCUCCACCCCCCCUCUCCACCCCCCCUCUCCAACCCCUCUCUUCAACCCCCACUCCCGUCCACAGGCCAACCAAGCAACGCUCUCCUUCCUCUCCUCUCUCCUGCACGUCAACUCCUCCUGCGCCUCUCUCCCCGCCUCCUCCCGCCCCUCCCUCACCUGGACUCGCCCCUCCAACGCCCCCCCUUCUCCCCGCCGCCGCAAGCGCUUCGACCAAACAGAGGGCACGGGGUUGUUUGCCCGGGAAGAAAGGGAAACGGCAGAGGCUCAGGCAGAAGGAGGAGGAGGGGGGGUGGUGGGAACAGAAGGAGACGCGCUGACCAAUCAGGAGCAGCCACCGCAUCCCUGGAGCUGCGUGCCUCAGCUGGCAGCUGUCGACUGGCCUAAGCUGAGGUGGCGGUUUGAUUGGUCCACGUUCACCAUUCAUGCCACGUCAGACAGGAAGCCACUGGCGGUUAGAGCAUGGACUGGCAAAACAGCCAGCGAGCGACGAGACUUCCGCUUCGUGCUGCAGCGAGGCUCCAAGGGUUGCCCAACCCCUCUCUCCUCUGCACCUGCUUCCCUCUCUCCCUUCAUCCCCUCGAUUCUCUCAACACGUUCUCCAUCUCACCCUCUCCUCCUCCCUCCCUCUCCUGGCAGUAUGGUGCCAACGAUACCGGGCACGUGUGCAGGCAAGUUCGACCUGUGUGUGUGCACGCCACGCCCCUCUUCCUCUGUUGCACCUGCUCGCCUCUCUCCCUUCAUUCUCUCCCCCUUCCCACCCUCCCACCACCUCCCUCCCCUUCGCCUCAGCACGGCGCCCAUGCCAACAGUGCCAGGCACGUACGCAGGCAAGUUCGACCUGUGUGUGCAGGCCACGCCAUUCUUCCUCUGUUGCACCUGUUCACCUCUCUCCCUUCAUUCCUCUCCACCCUUCCCACCCUCCCACCACCCCCCUCCCCCUGCCCUCAGCACGGCUCCCAUGCCAACGGUGCCAGGCACGUAUGCAGGCAAGUUUGACCUGUGUGUGCAGGCCACGCCAUUCUUCCUGCACACCGUCUCGCCGCCCAAGCAGCACUCCGACGAUGGCUUGUGGCACUUCAGCUCCACCAUCAGCGACGUUCCCAAGCACGGGCGGCAAGGGAAGAGAGGAUGGGCGGGGGUGCUGGUGCUGCCAGCCAACUCACGCCACCCUUUCAUCUUCGCCCCCCGUCCCUGCCACAUCCCCCCCCCAAAGCAGAUGCCGCGGGUGAGGCGUGGCAGGGCGCGGGUGUUGCUGCUGGGAGCUCACGGCGGCCAACCGCCCCACACCACGUCCCUAGCGGGUCUGCUGGCGCGCUGGCGGGUCCGGAGGCGCAUUGGCGGACCGCUGGCAGGGCCGUUGGCGGGCUCCCUUGCGCGCUGA